AUGGGUCUCGAGAUUUCAGGAUGUUCAUUCAUUUGGGUUGUAAGACAAAUGAAGAAUGAUGACGGUCAGAUAUUCUUUCCAUGGGGUUUUGAGGAGAGAAUAGAAGGGAAGGGUCUGAUUAUUAGAGAUUGGGCACCACAAGUACUCAUCCUCGACCAUCCAGCGGUUGGCGGAUUUAUGACUCAUUGUGGACGGAAUUCUAUGUUAGAAGGUUUAAGUGCAGGGGUUCCGAUGAUAACUUGGCCUAUGUUUGCCGACCAGUUUCAUAAUGAGAAGUUCAUCACUCAAGUGAUAAAGACCGGAAUUCGAGUUGGAUUUGAAGAGUACACCCUGUGGGUGGAUGUCGAAUAUGCUUCAUUAGUGAAGAGCGCCAAGAUAAAUAUGGUGGUCGGUCAGUUUAUUGGUGAAGGAGAAGAAGCAAAAGAAAUGAGAAAACGAGCUAAAGAAAUGAGUGAAAUGGCCAAGAGGUCUGUUGAAGAAGGUGGUUCGUCUUAUGCUAACUUGACUACUUUGAUCGAAGAAAUGAAAAUCUUUACUAGUAAGAAAAGUAAACCAGCGUUGGCAUAA